ACAUCAAAUGAUCUACCUUUCCGGCGCUUUGAAUAAGAUUGAGGUUGCAUGUAGUCUCUUUUAUCACUCACCAAAAACUUCACCAUGUUUGCAACUACCAAGUCCUCCACUUUGUCACCUUUUUUCUUCUUCAGCAGAACAAUCUCUGUCCCUUCCAAAUCCAAUUUCUGGAAUUUGGUUCCAAUGAAACACUCUUCUUCUCCGGGACACUUGGCCUCAAGAACCCUCCACAUCUCUUGUAACUCUCCAUCACAACAUGUUUCUCAGAGAUCCUUAUCAAUUCAGGGGGGUGAAGGUUUUUUCAGGGGUGUGUUGGAAAGUAUGCAAUCCGUUUACUUGAACAGAAACCCUACUGCAAAGGCCGUAUUGGAACUUGUUCAAUCUGUUGAGAACAAUUCAAUAUGUUAUGAUCAUCUUGCAUUCAGGACAUUUGGGGUAAAUGGUUAUGGAAUUGAUUCAAUGGCUAGCUUUUUUCUGGAUUAUGGCUAUACUCAGCGAGAGGAGUUAAGAUUUCCUGCAAAAAAGUUGAGGGCACUGUGGUUUUCUCCUCCUGCAGAUUCACAGGCUGGCAGUGGCAGUGGCAUUAAUGGACCUCUGCCCAGAAUAUUUAUUUCAGAGCUACUGGUAGAUCAAAUGAGUCCACAAACUCAGGAAAUAAUUAGAAAAUACACUGAAUCAUCCGGGGAUGGAAACAAGUAUGCAGCACUUGCAAGUUCCCUUGGACAUUUAACAUGGGAAAAGCCCUUAUAUUCAGAGUUUCAACAAUUGGCAAGUGAAAGUGAGUAUGCUGCCUGGACCCUAGUCAAUGGUUAUGCGCUGAACCAUGUUACUAUAUCCACCCAUCGGCUGAACACUCAUUUGAAGGAUAUAAAAGCACUAAAUCAGUUUAUUGAAGAGAGUGGAUUCAGGUUGAAUUCUGAAGGAGGAUUGCUGAAAGUGAGCCCUGAUGGUCUUCUCCAGCAAAGCUCAACUGUAGCAGAUUCAAUCUCUUUCCAAUUUUCUGAUGAUAUUAUUGAAUCAGUCCCUUGCUCAUAUAUUGAAUUUGCCGAGCGUCUGGUGCUGCCACAGUAUAGAAAUUUACCUGACACAGAGGUUAAAGAGUUCCAUAGAAGGGAUGGUUUUGAGGUAGCAAGUGCUGACAAGAUAUUUGAAAGCACGUCCAAGGAGCAGUUAAGCAGAGUAGGCUAAGAGCCUUUUCUCUCUCUACACCAUGAUCCAACAGAAAACAUGUUACAUUUUACAUUUAGAUAUAUUCAUUCUUGUGGAUGUUGCAUAAAUAAUUUGGGAUUAUGUCUUUAUGAAUAAGUCAUUCAAUUCUGGUUUUGGAAA